AACGAGGCCGCAAAACUCCGCGCGAACAACAGCCAACCACCCACUCACGUUGCGACCUGCGAGCUCCACCUCCGCCCGCCCGCGCCCGGAAUAGGCAGUGGCAGCAGCAGCCAGCCAGCCCCGCCCCGCCAUCGUGGGAGGAAGCCCAUGCCGCGGGGGCAGCAGGGGGCAGGGUAGAAUGGGCAACGUCACGUCGUCGGUGGCGGCGCGGCUGGCCUUCUUCCCGCCGGAGCCGGCGACGUACGGCAUCGAGGCCCAGGACGGCGCCGGCUCCCUGCUGCGGAUGACGGGGGUGUCGCCGGACACCGGCGUCGAGGUGCGCGCGCUGCCCACCAGGGCCGGCACGCGCGUCGUCUCCGCCUUCUGGCGCCACCCCGCCGCGCGGCUCACGCUGCUCUACUCCCAUGGCAACGCCGCCGACCUCGGCCAGAUGUUCGGCCUCUUCCUCGAGCUCCGCGCGCACCUCCGCGUCAACAUCAUGAGCUAUGAUUAUUCAGGCUAUGGUGCCUCUACAGGAAAACCAUCAGAGUACAACACAUACAAUGACAUAGAGGCUGUUUAUGAUUGCUUGAAAAAGGAGUAUGGGAUAGAAGAAGAGGAUUUAAUCCUGUAUGGGCAAUCAGUUGGAAGUGGACCAACAUUGCAUUUAGCCUCGCGUUUGGAGAAGUUAAGAGGGGUUGUCCUUCACAGUGGUAUACUCUCUGGCAUACGGGUUCUGUAUCCAGUGAAAGUGACACUUUGGUUCGACAUCUUCAAGAACAUCGACAAAAUAAAGCAGGUUGCCUGUCCUGUGUUAGUCAUACAUGGAACAGCGGAUGACAUCGUGGACUUCACUCACGGCAAGCGCCUGUGGGAGCUAGCCAAGGAGAAGUACGAGCCGCUGUGGAUCAAAGGCGGUGGGCACUGCAACCUGGAGACGUACCCGGAGUACAUCAGGCACCUGCGCAAGUUCAUAAACGCUAUGGAGAAGCUGGCCAAGGACAGCAAGGCGGCCCAGGCGCCGCCAUCGUCGAGCUUGGCGGCGGAAGCAAGACACUCCAAGUGCUUGAGAUUCGGGAAGAGUCGAAGAAGAGAUAGCACAGGUCGUCAAUGAGGAAGGCAGGCAGGCGGAUGGAUGGAUGGAUGGAUGGGGUUUCCUGUUCUGCAAAUGCCGACGACCUGGGAAGGAAAUGCAGCACAGCAGCAGCAGCAACCCUAGUUCAUGUAUGAUGCCUGUGAGUUGAGUUCAGAGUAGCCAGAGCUGUGGCUGCUGCAGUGUGCUGGAGAUGAGGAGAUGCCUUUGUUUUCCUAGUGGACGCCACGGAUUAGCCUGUUUGUAGCUCUCUUUUUUUUUUGCUUUUUCUUGUUGAUUUUGGUUACCUGUAUUGUAGUCACUGUGCAAAAGAAUUCGUUGUGAUUGACGAUUGGUUGUUGCAACAAAAUGAAGUGCGCUGUGACUUGUGAGAGA